AUGAACAAGUAUCAGAUGCCGGCGUCGCCGCCGCCACCGGGGGUAAAGCCCAACCUAGUCAACCCGCCCGGGUCGGAGUAUGAGAUAUUCUCCGUCAGUAUUGCGAUGUGUGCCACCGCAACGUUCGUUCUGAUGGCUCGUUUAUAUACGCGGGGGAUCAUUCUACGGGCGUUGGGUCUAGAUGACUGGCUCUGCGUUGGGGGCUCAGUGUGCGCCUGGAUCUUUGCAAUUCUCAGCAUUGCUAGUAUGUCGAGUCAACACCUCCCUCUUGCGGACCCCGCUGAUCUCGCUCAAGAUAUCCCCAAUGGAUAUGGAGUUCAUAUCUGGAACCUACGCGUGCACAACGUCAUCGACUUCAAAAAGGUGGAUCUCGGGGAGGAAAACGUCUACGCAAUCGGGGUGGGCCUCGUGAAGACGGCGAUCCUCGUCUUCUACCUGCGUCUCAGCCCCGAAAGACGGUUUCGCCAGCUCACCUGGGCUAUUAUGGGUUUUGUCAUUUUGUACAGUGUAAUCAGCGUACUUCUGUUCACCAUCGGCUGCAUCCCCGUGGACGCCAUGUGGGACAUCACCCUGAUGGACCAUGCCAAAUGUUUUGACCAAUUGUCGUUCGUGUAUGCGAACGCCGCGUGCAAUGUGUUCUCCGACCUGGUCACCCUGAUCCUUCCCAUCAAGCUGUGUUAUAACCUCCAGACCACAUUCCGGCAGAAGGCCCUUCUCCUGGGUCUCUUCACAAUGGGCUCAUUUGCCUGCGUGGUGGCCAUCGUUAGGAUUGUGACCAUGUUGCCCUUUGGCCACAGCAAUGACCUAACCUGGUAUAAGGUGACCAUCGCGAAGUGGUGUAUGGUCGAGAUCAACGUCUGCAUCAUCUGCGCCUGUCUUCCCGCCAUGCGGCCGCUGUUCGCCAAAGCGUUCCCCGGAGUCUUCUCAACCAUGGGCUCGCGAGGGACCCCCCUAGAACCAAGUGCCGACAGUUAUCAGAUGACGCCGAAGAAACGCGCUCGCCGGUGGGACUAUAUUACUGGCGUUGACUCUCAAUGGACGGCUGUGGAGAGCGAAGAGGCGGGCCAGAGGAGGAGUGAGCGUCCGGCUGUCGCGUCCAAGGACGAUGAAGAGGCGAUCAUGCGCUCGACUGAUAUCACGGUGGCUUAUAGUCGACGGUAA